AUGCGUGAGAUAUCGGAUACAACGUCAAAUACACUUAACAAAAGCGUUGGUGCGAACAAUGGAUCAAACAAUAGUGAAGUUGACCCAGACUUACGAUUUCUUACCUUGCCACUGGUUCUAGUGUUCGCCUUCAUCGGCAUACUAAUCGCUGCCGUGAAUUCUCUUGUAAUCUUCUUGAUGUACAAAAAGAAAACACUGAGAACCCCCACUAACGUUUUCCUAACGUCAUUGGCAGUCUCCGAUCUGAUUUCAGGUGUAGUAGGAAUUCCUCUUUUCUUUGUGUGCUCAACGGUGGAAAGGGGAUUUUAUUCAUGUGUGACUUCUGCGAUUUUUAUUCGCUUUACAGCCAUUUCGUCAGUAUGCCACGUCCUCCUCAUCGCUUAUGAUCGUUAUAUCCAUAUAGUUCAUCCCUUGCAGCACACUUAUGUCAUCACCAAACGUAGAGCGAUUGGUGCCAUUGUCUUCGCGUGGCUGUUUUCUUUCGCUGCGUCCGUUAUUCAGUUGUCUUGGUAUGGGCUUAACGAAAGCGACUUGAGAGACUACGACGCGACAACCGAAAACAUCGAUUUGCAGUACAGUAGGGCCUGUCUUGUACUGUUCUUUGGUAUCCCUCUGUUUUUGAUGUGUUUUAUUUAUGGACGCAUAUUUUACAUUUCAUUUACACACAUGGAAAACGAUCGUCGCCUUACCAAUGCCCUGCAACAACCGCGUUGUCUACGUCGUCGCGAAUGGAGGGGAAGUAGUGUUCUGUUGAUGAUGGUGGUGAUAUUUACUGGCUGUUGGUUGCCAUUUUUCUUGCAAAUGUUAAAUGAUCACAAAGAAUCGUCACUGCUUUCACCAAUGCCUCUCUGGGCGAGGCGUUUGCUGGUAAUUCUUCGCUUCAUACCGCCUUUUUCAAAUCCGCUUCUCUGUACAUUAUCCAAGCAUGAUUUCCGUUCUGUGUUUAAGACAGCGGUCUUUCAAAAAAUUUUGAUGGGAUUGUCUAUGGAGGUAGCAGAGCAAAUAACUCUAAACACGCGUGCCUCUCAGUCCAUGCAUAUUGAGACUACCAGAUUCCGCAGUGUUUCCAGUGCAAUGAAUUCCCAUUGA